GACUCUUCUCCCCUGGAGGAAUGCCACCUUCUGCCCCCUGCGGUGCCCUGCCAACAGCUACUAUGACCCUUGCAUGACUGGCUGUCCUGCCACCUGCGUUGACCGACAAGCUCCGCAGAACUGCUCCAAGCCCUGCAUGGAGGGCUGCGCAUGCACCUCUGGCUUCCUCCUCAGCGGAGACACCUGCGUGCCCGAGGCCAACUGUGGCUGCCUCUUUGAGGGCAACUACUACAGCGAAGGAGAGCACUUUGUGAAUGAGAACUGCACUAGGCAGUGCCGGUGUCAAGCUAAUGGCCAGAUGGUUUGCUCUGUGUUGUCCUGUGGUGAGGAGGAGGUCUGCAAGAUCCAGGAUGGCCAGCGGGGCUGUUACCCGGCCAGCACAGCUCUCUGCCACAUCUACGGUGACCCACAUUACAGCACCUUCGAUGGGAAGCUUCACCACUUCCAGGGCUCCUGCAACUACACAGUAGUGACUGCCUGUGCCAACUCCUCCCUCGGCUUCAGCAUCACCACGCGCAACGAACAUCGGGGCAGCAAGAGCUGGACGGCUCUGAACUCGGUGGCACUGUCCGUGGAAGGCCUCCACAUUGCACUGCGCAAGAACAAGGCAGUCUACAUCAACGGUGUUCUGGCCUCCCUGCCCGUUUCACCAGCCCCCGAUGUGAGCGUUUCCCUGAGUGGCUCCUACGUGCAAGUCUCUACCAAGCUGGGCCUGCAGGUGCAGUUCAACGGGGACCAUGAGCUCCUUGUGAGGGUGUCCGAGAAGCACCGGGGCAAGCUGUGUGGGUUGUGUGGAACAUACACCGGGAGACAAGAGGAUGACUUCACGCGACCCGAUGGGGUCGUCGUGCCUCACGUCAAUGACUUUGGAGACAGCUGGAGGGUGCCAGAUGACGAGUGGCCGUGUGUCCCAACCCCUGAACCAUCUCCGUCCUGCUCCCCCCUCUGCGGAGGUGGCAGCGAACAAGGAGUGUGCAAUCCUCACGCAACCCGGUGGCCCGUUCCAGCCGUGCCACGCAGUUCUGCCACCCGAGACGUACUUUGAGAGCUGUGUCUAUGACCAUUGUGCCACGGGUGGCAGCACGGAGCAGCUCUGCAAUGCCCUGGGUGCCUAUGCUGCAGCCUGUGCUGAGGCAGGUGUUGCUCUUGGAGACUGGAGCGAUGGCACUGUU